CGUAUGCCUAACUUACCUGCCUGUUCAUCCUCAUUCUGUUGCGUACAAAACCAAUCAGCAUAUACAUUUUGUGUUUGCUUCCAUCCUCUUCUGCAGUCGCGUUCAAACUGUACGAUUUAAGAGGAACUGGCUUCAUCGAGAAAGAAGAGAUUAGGGAAAUGGUCAUGGCAAUUCUCGAUGAGGCCAACCUACGUCUCUCGGAUUUCGCCGUCGAGGAGAUCAUCGACAAUACAUUCAAUCAAGCAGACUCGAAUGGAGAUGGCAUGAUAGAUCCCAAGGAAUGGGAGGAGUUUGUCAAGAAAAACCCGGCAUGCCUGAGGAACAUGUCACUACCCUAUCUCGAGGACAUUACAACAGCCUUUCCGAGCUUCGUGAUGUAUUCAGGAGUUGAAGAUUGUAGUGGACUCAAAUAAGAAAAAAAAUACAUUAUCAGUAACAUGCUAUAUUUGUUGAGCUAUGUGGGCCUUGAACAUGCUGGAAGUCAGCGCAUUCAGAAGUGUGCUACAACUGAAUAGUCCAAGGAGAACCGAAGGAAAUAUUAUAUGUGGUUAGUGUCUCAAAAGGGAUAGCCACACAUAUAUUUUCUUUUUACAGUUAGUGUAGAUACUAGUUGCCUGAUAAGCCUUGUAUUUUUCACGUAGGGUACUUGGAGGUUCAAUUUUGACCAUCUCCAAUCAACAAAACAUGAAACUUGAACAAAAAUUCCAAUUGUAUGAUUUUAUGACACAUAUCUCAGAUGUUAUCAUUAGUGUGCAACUUUCACGUCA